GGGUUGGAUUGGUUUCCCGCUUUGGGCCUCACCAUAGAGGGGGUGCACAGGGUAGUUCCCCUCACCGUAGAUAGCGUUCUAGACGAGUUCGCAGAUGUGUUCGAUGGGAAAUUGGGCUGUUACAAGGGCACCCCCAUUUCCCUCUGCCUCGAUCCCCAGGUCGCUCCCAUUAGGCUGAAGGCACGCAGGGUCCCCUUCGCAUUGAGAGCAAAGGUAGACGCCGAACUUGAUAAGCUUAUAGAGCAGGGGGUAAUCGAGCCCGUAGAUCACGCCCGUUGGGAAACCCCCAUAGUCCUCCCGGUCAAACCCGACGGAUCGGUGAGAAUAUGUGCCGACUAUAAGUCGACCAUCAAUUUGGCCCUGCAGGCAAAUCCAUAUCCGGUCCCCGUAGUGCAACACCUACUCCACUCCUUAGGGCAAGCCCAGACCAUCGUCACCCACCGCGGGGCCUUCCGUUGCCGCCGUCUCCAAUUCGGCGUUUCGGUUGCCCCGGGGAUUUUUCAGAGCCUCAUGGAGCGGUUGCUCCACGGGCUCCCAGGCGUCGUUCCCUACUUCGACGACGUCCUGGUCCCACUCCUGGGGCUACUGGCAGGCGACAAGCCAACCCCCCCCAUUUUGUCUCCCCGCAUGACACGCUGGACGGAGUUCCUAACGGCGUAUUCGUAUACGCUGUUAUACCGUCCGGGUAAGCAGCUAGGGCACGCAGACGCCCUGAGCCGUUGCCCCUUGCCAGAGACGGACACAGCCCACGUGCCCGCUCUCUCUAUUUUGUCCAUCGCCGAAUCCGACCUCCCCGUCUCUGCCACGGACGUCGCAGCUUGCACAAAGGCCGACCCCAUCCUAUCCCAAGUAGCUUCAUGGGUCUUGAGGGGUUGGCCCACGGAAAAGGUAGCGGAAGGAUUCCGACCAUUUAAAGCACGACAAGCAGAACUCGCCCUACACGGGGGUUGUCUUGUCUGGGGGGACAGGGUAGUGAUCCCCACAGCCCUGCGGGCACGAAUCCUGCCCGCACUCCACAAAAACCACCCAGGCAUAGCGCGAAUGAAAGCCUUAGCCCGUAGCUAUGUGUGGUGGCCCUUGCUAGAUUCGGAAAUUGCAGACUACGUAGGCCGCUGCAGGAUCUGCCAAAACUCUAGGCCAAAUCCCCCCACAGCCGCCCCCCGGGAGUGGGAAAUCCCUAGAGGCCCAUGGUCCCGUUUACACAUUGACUUCGCCGGCCCCUUCCACGGCCGAAACUUCAUGAUAGUAGUCGAUGCUUACUCCAAGUGGGUAGAGCUGGUAAUCGUGACCUCCACCACAGCAGAGAGUACAGUGAGGGCCCUUCGUAAGAUGUUCGCCACCCAUGGGUUACCGGAUGUGAUAGUCUCAGAUAAUGGGCCCCAGUUUACCUCCACCACGUUCCAAGAAUUCCUGGCCGAACAAGGAAUCAGACACGCAGCCACAGCCCCUUAUCACCCAGCUAGUAACGGCCGGGCGGAGCGCGCAGUUCGCUCAGCCAAAGAAGCCUUGGGCCGCAUGAGGAGAUUGCGAACCUCCCUAGACAGGCUCCAUCCACUUUACGCAGGGGAUCUGCCGAGCAACCUGGGGGCCCUCCCUUCCCACGCGUUUAAGUUAGGGGAUCCUGUAUGGGCCCGCUCCUUUUCUGGGGAUCCACGGUGGGUUCCCGCAACCAUCACAGCUCUGACCGGCCCCUGUUCCUUCAGGAAGGUCAAAGGUUCCCACAAUGAAGUGUGCACAAUAUAUUUUUUUAUUUCUGUUUCACUAAGAAGGAAAACGGGUUAG